AUGACAGCCACCAAGCGCUUAAUCCGCUUCGACACGUAUGUGAAGCGGCAUCCCUCACUGACCGUGGAGGAGUUUCACCACACUUGGACCACUAGUCACGCCCAGUUGUUGAAGAACUGGCUGGCACGCCAUGGGGUGUCUCGCUACACUCUGUUCCACACUCCACCUGACAUGGCUAGAGAGUACCUCGGCCGGGACCACGCCAGGGGUGAUCAGGUGAUGGAGUCCUUUGAUGGACAUGCAGAGAUCCUCUUGGAGGAUUGGGCUAUCCUGGACCGCCUACGCGCCGAUCCGUAUUAUGGGGAGGUGGUGGAGCUGAGCGAGGUGAAAUUGAUCGACAAGGCCUCGGUCUUGAGGAGGGUGGGAUAUGAGGAGGUCUGUGUGUCGGAAGGCAAGGCCGUCGAAUAA